AAACCGUUGGAAGCAAACUAAAAUAAAACUUAACAGAGCUCUGCAGAGAUGACUCAUAACUCAUCAUUCAUUAAUAUCAUCACACGGUGGUAAAGAAGUAGUGGGGACUGGGGAAAAAGGAGUAGAUGUCAGGGAACGGCAAACCAAGAACGAUCAAGCUGUUCUGUCCUUCGGUAUCGAAGCUGAUCCAGUUCGUGGCAUGGGAGGAGCAGAAACUGGACUUGGGUUCGAUAGCUCGGAGUUUUGGUCUGGAGCCAUCGACGGUGAAGUUGAACGGCCACUUUAUAAGCAGAGGAGUCGAUCUUGUAUCGGCCUCUGUUACGUGGAGAUCAUUGCUUUCUUUCUUCUCUGCUAAGGGCUUGUCUACUGGAAGUAACAACAGGGACGCCCUAAUCGUUGAUGGGAAGCUCUGCAAAGUUGGGACGAAAAGUAAGUUUCUAACUUUACGGGGUUCUCGUUGGAGGGGUUUUGCUAAAUAAUUUGGUUAGGCCUUAUUUUGGGUGAAGUGGGUGUUUUGACUUCUGUUUGGUUGCUGGGAAAGUGUUGGAAAAAUAAAGGGAAAUUACGUUUUGGAUUUUGUGGUGGAAUAGCUUGUUGACUGUGUGUUUUCAUUCUUUUGAAGAGGAGUAAGUGUGAAUUUCAGGAGCAGUCGACCCUCAAGAUGGUACUAGUGGGAAUCACCAUGGAAAUCUAGCAAAGUAUGUUUGCAAUAUUCCAAGGCUCCAAACUGAAGAUAUGGACUUGGUAAAGAACAAAAAGCUGAGGGAAAGCAGCUCAGGGUGUGGGGAAGUAGGUGGUCCAUUGUCCAAAUGGAGUGGUCUUGGCUUCUUGAAGAGAAAGCAGUUGAUGGAAGAUGUCAAUUUGCUCAAGAAACUAAAGAUAAAUGAAACCAACUCAUCAGAUAUAAGCAGAAGAGGAAACGAAAACUCAGCGAGUAUUUCUAGCAUCCGAAAUGCAGUUACACAAGUGCCAAUUUGAAGCGACCAAGAGAAGAUGAAGUCUUGCUAGCAGCAUCUUGCAAGAGGAUCAAAUGAUACAUCGGUUUGCUUUUGCAUAUAAAUUUUCACAGGCAUGUGCUCUGAUUGUUGACUGACUCGGAGUCAACAAGAAGAAACUAUUUGAGCAUUG